UGCGAGGAAAAGCAUUCCGUGGUAGUGGGGCCGAGCUCCGAGUCUGCCAGCGCCAGUCGGUGGUAAUACCAUGUGGUGGUUGGUGGUGCUGUGCCAAGUCUUGCUCUUCGCUGAGGGCAUGCACAUACUGCCCGACCGGCAAUUCGGGCCUUCUACGGAGGUAAGCUGCAUCGACUAUGCAACAUUCAACAAAGACAGAAUCGGUAGAAUGCUCAAAGAAGGAUGGCGUUCCCAGAGCCCAGUGUUACGAAAGAUCUUCAAACGUUCGGCUGAAUGGCCGGUUCAGUUCUCGCUCGACAUGCACCCAAUGGCACGACGGAUGGAUAACAUUCUUGACAACAUAAUACCCAAAAGCGAACAUUUGAUGAAGGAACACGCUAAGUUAGUGCAGGAUAUAAACAGUUUGCGUCAGGUGGUGUUCAUCACACCGUUCGUUGAAGAGAACAAGGAUUAUGACGACUCGAUUUUUCAUGAAAUUAUUGAGACUUCACCUAGUUCGACGUCGAGGCCGUCAUCGCUGAGGCCUUUCAUGAGUUCCACGAGGUCGCCGAUCAGUUCCACUAAAGGAAGCUCGAUACCGAUCAUACUGCUGGGGGGUGCGAGUCAGCGACAGGUAGUCAAGAGUCAGCCCAUCAACUUUGCUAAGCCUACGGUCAGUCUGAUCGGAACCACCAUUUCCCCGCUCAUCAAACAUCCCUAUCCUUUCGUCAUGCACACGCCUCAGAGGAAGCCAAUUAAAAUUUGUAUGUCGUCUGUCCCUUCAAUGUUCCCGUCAACAAAACGACCGCCUACUUUUUGGGACAGACUGAUAGACUACUUUAUACCUAGCCGUAGUUUAGGUAGGUAGGUUACAUAGAUUAAUCAUUAUGUAAGAGGUAAUGCAUUAUUUCUAAUAAGUAGUGAUAUUAAUUUAAUGUGAUUUGUAUGCUGUCGUUAUUUAUUAAACGUUAAUUUUCGAUUUGUAAUCAGUACGGAGCAAGUAAUCAAUUCUAUUUGCAUAUACUUAGGAUUUUUUGUAAUAAUUAGCAUGAUCUUGGUUAACGUACGUGGUGCGUAGUUUUUGUGAGCUAUUAGUAUACGGAAGGCGUGUUUUCCGACGUGCGAUACCCUAGAUGCGUGAACGUAUCGCUCCGUCUGCACAUUACAUGCGUGCGUCGAUGCCGCGAAUCGCGUGUGCUACCUCUAAUUACGAACGCCGAUUAUGUAUUGUCUUCUUUUUUACACUUUUACGCGUCGGAAUGGAAAAGUUGAACGUCUUAUGUGUUAUGACAAAAUCGUUAUUUUUCAUUGUGCCUUAUGUCAUUAGUUCUUGUUGAGACACUCAGUGGGAACUUUUCAUUCACUCACGGGACGUUAUGUCACGAGAGAUGACUAGUUUUUAGCCUAAUUACGUGGAUUAUGCGUGUUUCUUUUCAACUGAUGAAAGUGUAAAUAUAUUAUAUUGCUAUAGCUAUAUACAGACAAUUAUAAAAGCGUUUGUCGAUCAAAUGAUUUUUGUUACCAAUUAAAUUAUUGUAUUUGCGGCA